AUGGCUUCGCAUACCACUGCGGAUCAAUUAUGUACUCCUGCAGUGGCUUUCUGCAGUGGAGAGUUGCCUACGGAAGGCAGUGCCGUAAUGUGUUCAAUGACGGUUGAAGAUUCCGAGACCGAUCAUACCACAAACGCAUUCGAAGCAUAUCCGGAGGGUGGGUGGAAAGCGUAUUCGGUAUUAUUUGGCGCCUGGUGUGCUUUGCUACCUCCAUCUGGAUUGCUCAAUUCUAUCGGCUCGCUGCAAGCAUAUCUGCUCUCCAAUCAGCUGAAAGAAUAUACCGAAUCGGAAAUCGGGUGGAUAUUCAGCGUGUUUGCAUUUCUCUUUUUCUUUGGAGGUCUGCAGGCUGGUCCAAUAUUUGAUUCCUAUGGUCUGAAGGUUCUUAUUAUACCAGGAUCCAUAGGAUUUUUGGCAUCCCUGAUAGUCCUAGCUAGCUGUGAAGAAUACUACCAGUUUAUGCUAGGUUUCUCUGUUCUUGGAGGAUUGUCUGCUUCUCUGAUUUGGACCUCGACUAUCGCCACCAUUGGACACUGGUUUUCUGCCCGUCGAGGACUUGCAACAGGACUUGCCACUACGGUUGGAGGAAUUGGAGGAAUCAUUUUCCCCAUUCUGAUUCAAACUCUAAUUCCACGGGUGGGAUACUCAUGGACUAUCCGCAUUAUUGCAUUCAUCUGCGUUGGUUUUAGCGCUGUUGCUGUUGCUCUUAUGUCUACCAGACUGCCUUCAAAUACAGCAAAAAAAACCGGGUUUGAUUUUCAAGGAUUCACAGACAAACGCUUCACCUUAACAAUUGCAGCAAUCUUUGUCAUCGACCUGGCUGUUCUGGUUCCUCCCUCCUUCAUUACAACAUAUGCCUUGGCCCACGGAGUUGACCCGGCAUUUUCUUACCAACUGCUCGCCAUACUUAAUGCUGCUUCAGUGAUAGGACGGGGGCUUCCAGGGAUCAUUGCAGAUCGGUGGGGAAGAUUCAAUGUAAUGAUUUUAAGUAGUUUGGGGUGCACACUCUUAAUACUGGCGUUGUGGAUGUUUGCAGGAGAUAGUGUAGUCGCUAUCACAAUGUUUUCUAUUCUUUUUGGGGUUUUCAGUGGAACUGCAUACAGUUUGACACCGGUCUGUGUAUCGCAGCUCUGCCGCACUGAAGAUUACGGGACGAGAUAUGGGACCGCGUACGGACUUGUUUCGUUUGCGACUCUGGCUGGUAUUCCUGUGUCUGGUAUGAUUCUGGGUGGGCAUGGUGGUGGUAAUUACAAAGGGCUGAUCUGGUUCUGUGGAGUAUUGUACGCCGUUGCCACUGGAUUAUUUACUCUAGCGAGAGCGUUCGGAUCAGGGUGGAAGUUGUUAAAAAUAUACUGA